CUCGUCACUCCCGCUCUUAUCCUCACGACUCCACACUUAAUCCUAAUGACACCCACCUCAACGCUUGCCUACCUUCGUUCCCUCACUGCUGUGCGCGAGCGCAGCACCGAGGUCUUCAACCUCAUCGAGUCUGGCAAGUCGGACCACUGGGACUGGCACGCAGAUAAGCUGCCUGUGGUAGUUGACUUCUGCGCGAACCUGCUGAGCCGCGACUUUGGCUCUGACUUCGCCAGUAUUCCUCCCCACUGCCGCCGCAACCACUUCACCACUACAUCGUCGGGCACGAUCGACCGGAUCGCUGCGCUGAAGGCGGAUCCCCGCUUCCCCACCACGCCGGUGCAGCAGGCCCGCACUCUCAUCGAUCUCUAUCUGGCCUCUGUCCUUCUCGACGCAGGUGCAGGCAAUACCUGGACAUACCGCGAGGUGCUCCAGGGUGUCGAGGUCUGGCACGGUGGGCGGAGCGAGGGACUGGCUGUCGCGAGCUUCCACAUGUUCUGCGGCGGCGCGUUUUCUUCAGACCCCAAUGAUCCACUUCGUGUCGACUCCACCGCCCUCAAGGCACUCACAGCCGCCAAGCUCGCCCAGCACCUGCAGGUCUCGGAAGCGAACCCCAUGUCCGGCCUUGAAGGCCGCGCCAACCUUCUCAUCCAGCUUGGUGCGGCUCUCGACGCACGCCGCGACAUUGUGCGCGACGGUCGCCCCGGAGACAUCCUCUUUUACCUCGAGCCGCAGCUCACAGACAACGUCCUCCCCCUCACGCUGUUCUGGGACACCCUCUUCGCCCUCCUCGCGCCCAUUUGGCCGGCGCGUACAACCCUUCCCUCCGCACCCGGUGAGGUGCUCGGCGACGUGUGGCCAUGCCCCUCGCUCGCGCGUGCCCGCACGCACCGCGAGGAAGGCGACGAUCUCGUCCCCUUCCACAAGCUUACCCAGUGGCUGUGCUACUCCCUCCUGGAGCCAAUUGAGAGCUCAGCCGGCUGGCGUGUCGACCGUGGUGCGGGUCAGACGGGUUUGCCGGAGUAUCGCAACGGCGGUCUGCUCGUCGAUCACGGUCUGCUGACCGUACGCGAUCUUCCUGACUCCGCGUAUCCAAACGGUCGCGAUGCACCGCCUGUGCUUGCGCCCUCGGACCCAGCUGUCGUCGAGUGGCGCGCAGCUACUGUUGUUGCUCUGGACAAGAUCCACGAGGGAAUUUGCACCAAGCUCGGCGUCACAACGCAGCAGCUCCAGCUGGCUCAGGUGCUCGAGGCGAGCACCUGGAAGGGUGGUCGCGAGAUUGCGAAGGUCAAGCGCCCCGAGACUGGCGGUCCUCCUAUCGAGAUCAUCAGCGACGGCACUGUGUUCUAGGCCAUUCCGCACAAGUGCCAGAUCGGCUAGAAGGAGACGAGUAGGACCCAUCACGGAUCGUCGUGCCCAGAAUGCCGCAUGAAUUUGUACAUUUGAUCAAGAUACAUACAAGCUGUGGGUAUGGUUGUGAUGCUCAUGUUGCGCGCAGGCAUCCUCUUCCUAUGCGGGCGUCACAGCUCCUGAACCACGCGGCGCAGCGCGCACAAAUGCCAGCGCGCUGUCAAGCCUGCGCGCCGCACGCCCCACCUCUUCUGGGCUACUGUCCCCCUGUGCCACAUCAAGAAUGGCACGCAAGCGCGCCCCGACGGCCGUUACGCCGCGGUCGCGGGUGUCCGCCUUGAGCGCGUCGGCGCGCUCCUGUGCUCGCUGGAGGAGCGAUGCCGGCAGGCCCGCUAGACGCGCACACCAAACGCCGAAACUCGCAUCUGCCAACCCUCGCUCAAGACGGUAUAAGAAUGUAAUCUCGUCGAAGC